AUGCACCGGACUGUGGUACUACAGGCACAUACUGUAUGGUCCAACUCUUACUCCAACUCUUACUCUUACUCCAACUCUUACUCCAACUCUUACUCUUACUCCAACUCUUACUCCAACUCUUACUCUUACUCCAACUCUUACUCCAACUCUUACUCCAACUCUUACUCUUACUCCAACUCUUACUCCAACUCUUACUCCAACUCUUACUCCAACUCUUACUCCAACUCCAACCCUUACUCCAACUCUUACUCCAACUCUUACUCUUACUCCAACUCUUACUCCAACUCUUACUCUUACUCCAACUCUUACUCUUACUCCAACUCUUACUCCAACUCUUACUCUUACUCCAACUCUUACUCCAACUCUUACUCCAACUCUUACUCCAACUCUUACUCUUACUCCAACUCUUACUCCAACUCUUACUCUUACUCCAACUCUUACUCCAACUCUUACUCUUACUCCAACUCUUACUCCAACUCUUACUCUUACUCCAACUCUUACUCCAACUCUUACUCCAACUCUUACUCCAACUCUUACUCCAACUCUUACUCUUACUCCAACUCUUACUCUUACUCCAACUCUUACUCUAACUCCAACUCUUACUCCAACUCUUACUCCAACUCUUACUCCAACUCUUACUCCAACUCCAACUCUUACUCCAACUCUUACUCUUACUCCAACUCUUACUCCAACUCUUACUCCAACUCUUACUCCAACUCUUACUCCAACUCUUACUCUUACUCCAACUCUUACUCCAACUCUUACUCCAACUCUUACUCUUACUCCAACUCUUACUCCAACUCUUACUCUUACUCCAACUCUUACUCUUACUCCAACUCUUACUCCAACUCUUACUCCAACUCUUACUCUUACUCCAACUUGAAACACGAUAAAAUUGGAAUUACUGAAAUAAAACCGUGA